CCGGCAGCUGGCGGCAGGGCGGCUAGUUCAAGUUGCCAUAGCGGCGAGGUGAGGCGGGCGGAAGGUGUCCGGGGACGGGGCGGCCUUGUCUCGGAGCGCUGUGCGGUUGCUCAUGACAACAAAGAGGAAUGUUUAACCAUAAAUAGCUUCAAGAUCCUGAUGGCAGAUUCAUCCAGUGAUUCAGAUAACUUUUUUAAGGGUCGAAUUGGAAGGCGGCCUUUUAGAGCAUCCCACAGCAGAGCUCAGAACUAUGGUGCUGAAGAAGUUACAGAGAAGAUCCAUACUUUAGCAAGCACUUUACAGGAUACCAACAGAAAUCUAAGACAUGUCGACCAUUUGCUAGGACAAUACAGAGAAUACAACAAGGAACAAACCAAAGCAAUUACAACUUUAAAAGAAACACUGGAGCAAUCUAUAGGUCAAUUAAGGAGCCAGCGACUAACUCGAAACUCUGGAAUGAGAAGUGCAUCUCUCUCAAGCUUGUAUCCCAGUGACCUGGAUGGAGAAGUAACAUCAGGCAACUGCCACUUCCUGCCCACUUCUCCUCUCAGGGAUUAUAGAGACUCACAGGGCAAUAAACAUCGAAGGUCUAGAUCUGCAAGUGUUCGAUUUGUCAAUGAGGCAGAUAAUGUGGACCAGCUGCAUUCUUUCCACCAGUCUCUUCGAGAUCUCAGCAGUGAACAACUUCGCCUGGGAGAUGACAUCAGUCGUGAGCUUUCAAGAAGAAAUCGGACUGAUGCUGAAUUAAGGAAAACUCUAGAAGAAUUGUCUGAAAAAGUCACUGAGUCCCAAAGACAAGAAACGGUAUCAGAACGGGUAGAGAGAAGACUUCAGGAGAUAGAAGAAGAAAUGCGUGCUGAAAGAGAGCUUGUAGAAAGGCGCCAGGACCAGCUGGGACACGUGUCUCUUCAGUUACAGGAGGUUUUAAAGAAGCAAGAUGCUAAAGCAAAUGAAACAGAAGAACUUAUGAGAAACAAACUUGUGAAAUAUGAAAGUGAAAAGCACCAGCUUGAGCAGGAAUUGGAGCAGUCCCGGAAAAAGUUGAGUGAAUCUGAAGACACUAGAGAAGCUCUUUUGCAUCAGAUUGAGGAUCUUCGUUCCCAGCUUUCGAGAGCAGAAGAAGACCGUGUAGAAUUGCAACAUCAAAUUUCAUAUGCUGCUAUGCAUCGCCAGAGCUACCAGGAUGUACAGGAGGAUGACAGGAGAAUUAGAGCAGUAGUUGAAAGAUAUGAGAGAGAGAAGCAAGAUCUAGAGAAACAUAUUUUGGAACUUAAAGCAAAGCUGAAUCAUAAUGCUGUAGUGUCAGAGGUAGAAGAGUUGAAGAGAUGUAUAGAGCGUAAGGACAAGGAGAAAGCACAGCUUGUAAUGCAUAUCCAGGUGUUAACAUCUGACCUGGAAAAUCGGGAGAAGCAGCAGGAAAAAAUGCUGGACCAGCUAAAGGAUAUACAGGAUUGCUACAAAGCUUGUGAGAAUGAACGUAGGCAAAAUGAACUCCAGUCUGCUGAGUUAGCUCAACAGGCUGAAGAGAGUACCAAGGAAGCAGAACGGUAUCUCACUGAAUUCAAGCAUUCAGAGGCACUCAGGCUGGAGAUUGAGAAAAAAAGAGAAGAUUUGAAGGUGAGAGCCCAGGAAACUAUCCGCCAGUGGAAAUUGAAGUGUAAGAAACUGGAUCGUGAGAUAGAAAAACAAAAUCGAACUAUUAAUGAAAUGAUGGAGAAGAGUAGUCAGGCCCUCAAAGAAAAAGACGAUCUCAAAAGUCAGCUUCUCUCAGCUAUAAACCAAAUAGAAAACCUGCGGAAAGAGCUGAAUGAUGUGCUUACAAAGAGAGCCCAGCAGGAAGAACUCCUCCACUGUAAAGAGGUAAAACUAAAUGAAAUGGAGUCACACCAGGUAUCUCUUGAAGAAGAGAUCAAAGAAAUACAAGGUACUGUCAAAAAAUUGGAGAAUGAGUUGAAAAAGCAAGUCGUUUUACAAAAUCAAAUGCAAGCUGAGAAGGAACACUUGAAGACAGAACUUGCAACUAUUAAUUUGCUUCAUAAAAAAGACCAAGAGCGACUCCUAGAAAUGCAAGCAGAUGUAAAAAAUUUAAGUGCCAUACGUGUGGAACUAACAAACAGAAUAGCAGAAGAGGAGAAAGCCAAAAAGGAAUUACUUAAGAGCCUCUCAGACCUCCAGAAACAGCAGGAAUCUAGUCAUGAAGAGAUGAUUUCAGCUAACAGGCAGCUGAAGAUGGAAAGAGAAAUUCAUCACCAGGAGCUGGCAGAUCUUCGGUCAGAGUUACAAAAUAUGAAAAUCAAACAUGAACAAAAUGUUCAAGAACUCAUGAAACUCAUCAAACAAGAAAAAGAUGAUGCAGAGGCUCAGAUUAGAAUGCUAAAGAUCGAACUUUUAGAAGAGAAAAACAUAGUCAAGUCUCAGUGUCGACAACUGGAAAAAAUGAAAGUUGAGUGUGAUAAAUUGACAGAAGAAUUAACCCAAAACAAGGAAGAAAAUACAAAACUAAAACGGAAAUGUGAGUUUGUAAAACAAGAACUGGAGAAAAAGGAAAAACAGAUCAGCAAUGAAGAAGAUCAUUUGAGAAAGAUGAGUGAGGCCAGACUGCAGUAUAAAGAUCAACUGCGUCACUUAGAAAUGGAACAGCAAUCUGUUCUCUCCAUGAUAGGAAGUGAAAUUGAUGCUGCUUGUGAAAUCUUUUCUCGGGACUCCAUGGAGAAAUUCAAAGCAAUAUCCCUUACACCAACAGUACUGAAUGAUCCUCAUCGCUGGUUAGCAGAAACAAAGACUAAGCUUCAGUGGCUGUGUGAGGAGGUAAAGGAAAGAGAAAGUAAGGAAAAAAAGCUGCGAUGCUACUUGCUGCAAAGCCGAGAACAGCUCAAGCACUUUACACAGAUGAAGGAGACUGAACAUCAGUCUCUCUUUAAACAGAUAAAAACCCAAGAAAAACUUUUGGAAGAAGUUCACAGAGAAAAAAGAGAGCUACUAGAGAAGACACACAGAAGAGAGGAAGAAAUGGGAGCUCUCCAGGAACGUAUUAUGGCCUUAGAAAUGAGUACUCGAGUAGCUUUGAACCACCUGGAGUCUGUGCCUGAGAAACUGAGCCUGUUAGAAGAUUGCAAAGAUACUGGAGAGUCCCGUUGCCGAAGGGAGAUGAUUGAGGAGAGGUAUAUGAAGUAUAAAGAACUAGUGAGUUCUUUGCAGCAACAGCUAGAAGAUUCAAAGCAAAGAGUUGGGCAAGUCAAGGAUGUGAAAAUGGAUGCUGAAAUUUCUGAUAUAGAAGUGGCUGCUCACUCUUCUAGUUGGCGAUCUCAUAACAGCUUUUUGUGCAGCUCACUGCUUACAAGUUCAGGUUCACUUAUGAAAGGGAUGGUUCCUUUGGAUACAAGUGCCACCAAGGAAGAUUCUACUAAUGGUGCUGUUAGUGAAAUGAAGCUGCAAGCAGAAGGAGGAAAGCAGUAGAAUAAUUUACAAAACCACACCACUUUUCUCUGUGGUAAAUUCCAUUACACUUUUUUGUUUGUUUUAACAGUAGUAAUUCCAUCUGCUGUAGGAGUGAUGCACCCUUAAUGAUUCAGCAAUUGCCAAACACUCAAAUGAAAGAGCAUCAAGAGUGAUUCUGAUGAACUCUUGUGAUAAUUUAGGUGACUUGUACACCAAAGGGAUUUUGCUAUUGUCUUGUAUUUGCUUCUCCAGUCCUUCUAGACUAAAUUUAUUGUAUUACUCAAAUACUGUGAAGUGAAAAACCUGUGACAAUAAUCUUUGCUAUCAGCUUAUUUACCCCUAUACAGGAUUUGUUCUGACACUUGUUUUUUUAUUAUGUUUAAUAUCAUUAUUAAUAAUGAGAAAAUAUUCAGAAUUUGCCUAUUAUUAUGAGAGUAAUUAUGAAGUGUUGUACAGACACAUCUGUAAUUUUAGGUCACUCUGUUGGAAAAAAUCAUUUAAGGAAGAAAUGAUGAAACAAAAUUUUCUCAAAACAAGGGAAAAUUCACAUCUUGGUUUCAAGUUCAGUAUAUAUAUAUUAUAAGUUGUCUAGAAUUAUUCUUUUGGCCAGAACAGUUUUAUCAGAUGGCCUUGGUUAGGCACUUUAAAGAAUCUGAAUCUCACCCAUCUGUAUCAAGAGUGUUGAAAGGCACUUCUAUGUGGCUAUGAAAAUUUUAAAAGCAGUGUUUAAUGUUCAUUUAUUUAUUCUGUUUUGUUCUCUAUUAGAGAUGUCAUAUUGAUUGUGAAAUACUAUGGAAAUACAAUAUUGCACAUUUGUAUUUGUUCAGCUGUCACUAUUCUAAACAAAUUGGACAAUUUUGCAUUACAGUGGUCUCAAAGAGCAAAUCACAGAAUAAUUUUCUGCUGUCUGAAGAAAUGCAAGUGUUUCUGAUGGUUCUUAUUUUAAUCUCUCAGCUACUUCUGGCUGGAUCACUGCUAGUGUGCCUUAUAAGAUUUGCCAAAGCUGUCAGAGUACUGUAGCAACAUUAACACCAUUCAAACAAUUUUGUUUUACAGACUUCUGUCUUGUUUAGGAAGACUAUUUCUUCUCUGAAACACUGUCAUUUUUUAUCACUGUAGGUGUCUCAGGUAAAAUUCACAGGCCAUGAUGUGCCAUCUCAAAAGAGGACUUUUUUUUUUUUUUUAAUACUCUGAUGAAGUGUUCUGUAGUCCAGUGAGUGCUCUGGACAGUGCAGUUCCUUGACAAUCACCUUGUGUUCACUCUGUUUCAAACAGAACAACAUGCUGAGAACACAAAAUCAGACAUAGAAAUGAGAAAAAGAUUGAGUUUAUUCUCUAUUCAUUUUCCAUGAAAUUAAAUUGCUUAAAUUUGAAAAAAAAAUCUGAUUUGAUUAAAAAGUUUUCUUUACCUUU